GGUCGACGAAUGUUGAGACGUGAAGUUGGAUUUGAAGGCAGUCUUCUAACAAAGGACGAUAUUGAACAUGUCAUGUCCAGAGCAAAAGUUGAUGAGAUCCUUACCUAUACUGCCCCGCAACAUGGUUGUCAUUUGGAGACAGAUUAUAACUCGUUGGAGUAUGCUCAAGGUGCGGUUCAAAUAUUCGUUGGCGGAGAUAUGUUCGACAUAGCGAAUGCAGCAAACGACCCGUUAUUCUAUUUGCAUCACGCUUUCAUCGAUUCCUUGUGGGAGGAAUGGCGACAACAAAAACAGGCAGGUANUCUCGAACCUGAACGAGAGAAUCUGUAUCCACGCGAUCUGAGAUUGUGCAGCGGUGAAUCACACUUCAGUUCAGCGUUCAUGAGACCGUUUGAACCGCUGAGAAAUAUCGAUGGUCUUGGUACCAGCUAUACGGACUAUUUGUACGAAUAUGCACCGAGGCCAUCGUGUUCUGACGGUCCAUCGUGUGGUUCGAAGUACCUCUUCUGUGACCAUUCACGCAUACCAGCACGUUGUGUAUCGAAAGUAAAACCGGGUGGAAAGUGUGCUGGUUUUCAUAGAGGUGAGCCGGUAUGCUAUCGUGGUAGAUGCGUUCAAGGAAUUUGUGUUGCAGACUCACUCAAAUUCUCGGCACCAACAUUCCUGGUAACAGUUGAUCGUAUUGUGCCGAAAUCAAUAGUAGUAGCUGAUCGUAUCGGUACAAAACCGGAACACUGCUUCAACGAGCACGAAUGUUGUUCAAUAUGGGCAGCACGAGGAGAAUGUAAACGAAACCAUCGCUAUAUGAGUGUAUGGUGUAAGGCAUCGUGCAAAAUUUGUAAACCAACAUUCAACAUUAAUGCCGUUCCAGAGUGCGCCGAUUUCCACCUCAAAUGCAAACAGUGGACAAAACGUGGUGAAUGCAAAAAGAAUCCUCUUUGGAUGCGAGAAAAUUGUCGUAAAAGUUGUGAUAGGUGCAAUAUAAGUCGAGAAGAAGCUUGCAGCAAGAGAAAUCGCUCUCCAAAGAGACAACCAAAAGCGCCAGUUAUUAAAAAAGGAUGUGCAUCGCCAGGAUGUUAUAAUGAGCAUUUCUGUUGUCCGAUAUGGAAACUUCAAGGACAGUGCUCUUCAAAUGCGACCUAUAUGUCGUGCCAUUGUCGUGUCAGUUGUGCGGUUUGCGUUCCCCAUGACUAUGUGUACGGAAGUGAGUUUGCAUUCAAUUUUCACUUGAGACUAUUUCGCUGA